AUGCAACAAUAUCGUGGUACAUCUCAGGCUGAUCAUAAAAGGCCAGGCUCACGUCUAAUGAGGACAAACCUAAUAGCAACUACUCCAGGCCACUGCCAGUUUUGCAAUGACGCAGCGCACCAAAUAGGCAACUGCAUCAGGCUAUUGGCUUGCUCCCCAGCGGAGCGCUUCACAUUGCUAAAAGGCUCGAAUCUUUGCUUCAAUUGCUUGAAACCUGGACAUUCCACUAAGGCAUGUGGCUCAACUAAUUGUCGCAUAUGCAAUGGCAGGCAUCACACUCUACUAUGCCGAAGUUCACCAGCGCAAACUCCUCCUUUGCAGGAGUCCAAACAGCAGGCACAAACUACACCUCAGGCACCAGCGAAAACGAACCAGGCAACAGCACAAAUACGCAUCUUAAAUGGCUUUGGCGAUAUCGACUCGUGUCGAGCUCUAUGCGAUCCAGGCUCUCAGGUAAGUCUAAUGAGUACGCGAUAUUUUAAUCAACUGGCUCUGCGGAAGCAGGAAAGUGCAUUGCAAAUACAAGGCGUUGGCAGUGGCAAUCGCUCAUAUAUUAAUGGCCGGGCAGUCUUGCGCAUAUUUUCGACUUUCAAUGCUUCAUUUGACUUGGAUGUUGAAUUCUACAUCAUCAACAAAAUUACAUCAGCAGUCCCUGUGGCUCCAAUCAUGGAAAACUAUUGGCAGCAUUUACGCAAUUUGCCUUUGGUAGACCCGAAAUUUGGCGAAACUGAUGUUAUAGAUGCAUUGCUUGGCUGCUGGGUUGUAUUCGGACCAGCCGAAGCAACCGUGCAUAACUACAAGGCGGAACAAUCUAUGGCAUUGCGUGUGGAGGCGCCUGAUGAGCGAGUUGAUGACCUUCUACACAGGCUAUUUGAAUCCAAAGAAACUGACAUGGCUAAAGGCGAUAAACUAGGAGCAGUUGAUCUUUGCGAAUGCAUUUUCAUGAGCACACAUAAGCGUUUUGAUGAUGGCAGUUAUUGUGUACAAAUACCAUUUACACCAGAUGCUCCACCACUUGGGAAUUCACAUCAGAUGGCACUCAGGCAAUUUCACCAGUUGGAACGAAAAUUGGCAUCCAACCCAGAGCUGACGCAAAGAUAUGUGGCUUUUAUGCGCGAAUACGAACAACUUGGUCACAUGCACCCUAUUCAGCAUCAUUCAAGCGACCCAUCUCAGGCAUACUACAUUCCACAUCAUGCAGUCAUGGCAAAAUUCCGAGUCGUAUUCAAUGCUUCCGCAAAAACGUCGAAUGGCAUAUCAUUAAAUGAUACACAACUCGAUGGCCCCCCAAUACAGGAUUUAUUACUUAACCUUUUGCUUCGCUUCAGGCAGCAUCGAAUAGCAUUCACAGCUGAUGUCGAGAAAAUGUUCAGGCAAGUCAAGGUUGACGAGAGGAACAGGCAGUGGUAA